AAUCUCUGCCACUGGACGAGGCGGCGUGCGUGAAACGGCCAUAGAGUUAUCGUAGUCAUUGCAGGACGAGUGUAUCAGAAACCUGUCUAAGAAUAUUUAAAUAUGUCUGUAUUCAGUGAAAGACCGGAACCUUUAUCGGGAAAGGAUGAAGGGUAGGUGAACUUGUCUAUGUGUUUACAUUUUCGGUGAAAUGAUCGGCCGCAAUCAGCUGAAUUUAAUGACCUUGGUCCUUUGAGUCAGGGCGUUACCAAUCGAUGAAACCGAUGAUCGGAAAAUCAAUCGAUCAAUCGAUGACAAUCGAUGCCAAUAAAUCGAUUGAUAUCGAUAAUCGAUGAACAAUCGAUGCUCGGGUUUUAUGUGAUUAUCGAUUUCAUCGAUUAUCAAUUCUUAUCGAUUAUCAAUGCCAAUCGAUCAGUUAAUUGUCAUCGAUUGGUUUUCAUUUUUUAUGCGUUUUAUUUUCAGUCAAGAUUUCCAAAAACACGGUCUCUUUAUGCAUUUUAAUGAUGAAAACUGCGAUAAAACUUUACUUUUUUUUCACAACGGUGAUUGAUACAUCGUGAAGAACAUGGGGAUACGAUUUUAUGACAAUAUCAAUUUUCAAUUAGGCAUCAAAUUGAUGAAUUGUGAUGAAACUGUGGCAAAGAACAGUGCCGUAGCCAGACCAAACGGCCAACCGAGGCAGGCGGGAGUUGCUAGGGGGGUUCGGGGGCAGACUUUAGUCUCUCGGAAAUGCGAUUUGCAGCGUUUUCUGGGCCUUUCGAUAACUUUUUUUCGAGUUAAUUUAAGUGGAAUUUAAAAAGCAAUAAUCAGAAACAAGCUACAUAAUCUGGGUGACCGUUAACCUCGCCAAUGGUUUUGAUCAGUAUUUGUUCAAAAAAAAUUUGAGUUAACGUACGUAGCCCCUUGAGAUCGAUGAUAUGGUAAUUUUUUCAUAGUAUAUUGACUGAAUUGCUGAAUUCUUUGUAAUAUCAUGAUGCGUUAAAAAUAUUCCAUGAUCGCUUAUGUAAAAUAAAAAUGAUCGGCGAAAUUCGUCAAAAUUUUACCGAGGCGAGUACCUCGGUUGGCCUCAUACUAGCUACGGCGCUGAAGAAUAACCAGUAUACGCCAGGACAAUUAAGCCUGCAGUGAACAAAAUUCAUUUUUUGCCCAGUUUACUUUGUGCACCUUUGUUGUGACAAACAAGUAACAAAGUGAUUGCUGAAGUCUAUCCACGUUGUUUCUAGUUUAUUUUAUUACAGUUCAGUAUAAUUACAUCACCCACCAUUCAGAGCUGACUCGUCCCCAGGCGUCUCUCCAUCGCCAGACUAAGAGACGGCAGGGAAAGAUGUCAGCAUUCUCGCAGUUCGUCUAGAUAUCUUUAAACACAGAACACUACACUUAAUUAUUCUCAGAAAUUUUACUCGGAUAAAUCAGAUAAUAAUAAUUUCAUCCUGCACGGCGUGUGGACAGGACCUGUUGGAAAAAUAGGAAAUAGUGGAAAUAUAAAAUUCCUAAAAAUUCAUAUCAACCAGAUAUCAACAGUAUAAAGGACAGCGAAAGGAACAGCUAAGCGAAAAGGUGUGUUGUUGACUUGCGUUUCUUCAAAACACUGUUUCAAAGCGUGUUUCUGUUGUUGAUUUUUGAAACCAUGCAACAGCAUACAAACAAUCCGGUGAACGAAUUCAAAUGUCAAACAUUUGUGCGUACUGUGAGUGCGUAUACGUACAGGCUGGAACAUGUGGGAUACCGAGAUUUUUUCAACGCCAAUCGAUGAGUUGCGACCACUUUUGUGUGAUUAUCGAUUGGUCAUCGAUUGGCCGAUGCCAAUCGAUGCCAAUUAACUAACAAGGCAUCGAUUGUCAUCGAUUGAUCGAUUGAUUUUCCGAUCAUCGGUUUCAUCGAUUGGUAACGCCCUGUUUGAGUGAAAAAAAAAAUUGUUGGUUGUAGACUGCAGACGACCAAAGUUUACACACUUCUCAAGGCUUCUAGUCCAGAAAGACACCCUGUUCAAGAUGCCAAAUGGCGAAAUUGUGUACUCUGAUUACAAAACCCUCAAAAACAUCAAAAACCCUGCCCUGUUCAGCGGCCGCCGGGGGGGUGGGGGGUACUUCUUAUGGAUGUGCCGCUAGAUGGGGUCCCAUUUUCACGACAGGUUUGGCUAUAAUGGGGUUGCAUUUUCAAUAGAGUUACUAGAAUGGGGUGGCACAUUUUUGGAUUUUUGGGAUAAGAAAGUUCUUCAUAUUCAUGGAUAUUUAUGGUUAGCAAGCGUACCAGAAUAUUUGUAUUGUAGGUGGAAAGUAAAGUGUUCUUUAUUCAAUUUAAAAAAUGGGUCAAGUCAUUUUAAGAUGACCUAUUUAAAGGAUUGAUAAGGUUAAGAUACAGUGGGAGCGUAAAAAUUACAUUUGCCCAAAAAAUUAGCCACAGAAGAGACUAGAAUAGGGUAGGGGCUGUGAGAGGUCAGCAGCACAUGUACAUACCCAGCAAAAAUUAACCCAAGUACCCCCCGGCACACACUCAUGCCAGCUCAUGCAUUAGGCCGAGGGAGUGCUUCUCCCCCUUCCUAUCCUUAAGUGACAGCCCUGUUUGGCAUAUAAUUUACUUCUUUACACACAACCCUAAACCUUUUCUUCUGAAAGUCGAUCUGAAAGUACUAGUGGAUUCAAACCCUACAAUAUUUACACUGUACAUCCAAAAGCGAGACUACAAGUGACCCAUCCCUGUCAGAUGGGAAAUCCUCCUCUCCGGUGAUUGAUUCUAACAUACUUACAGAUUUAUUGCAUACACCUGAUUUAUUUGAAUAUUUUUUUCCUGUUUAGGUCAUUUGCAUAUCUUACAAUACGUGACAGAAUGCCAGUUAUUUUGACCAAAGUGAUUGACCUGGUUCAUAGAAGAGCUUCAGCUUUCUCUGAUGAAAACCAACAGGUUAUCUUUUUUUCUGGUUUGCUUUGAUAACUAUUUUCUGUUUUUUUAUUCUUCUGCUGCAUAACGCUCACAUCUUUAACUUGUACUUUAUUAAAGAUUACUGAUUACUACUUCGGCAGCAAAGGUGGCGCCGUGGUGAGAGCACUCGCCUCCCACCAAUGUGGUCCCGGUUCAUAUCCAUAAUUUGUUACCCCUCCAUAAACUAGCCUAUGAAAUACAUCUCUGUUCGCAGGCUAUACAUAAACAACACAGUUUGAAAUAUUCUUUCACCUGGUGUCAUUUUUUUUGUCAACCAACUAUAAGAUUAAAGUCCUUGGCUGGUUGUUGGGAGUCAGUCAGCUGUCGUGUCCAAAUUCUGGACUAAACCGAUGUAAAUGCUCUGGUUCAGAGGUUUUUUGUACAUGUCACUAUAAAGACUUGACAGUAAACCGGAAAUCGCAAAUGAAAAGUCUCUAGGACCCACUUGGGUACCUUUGCCACUGAAUAAAUUUUUCUCUCUAUUUUAAACUUACAAGGAGUAUACAGAAGACAGCAAGGAUGUAUUAGCAAAGCUUUCAAAACUGAGGUAUGAAAUAAAAACCAAUAAACCUCUGAUGUCACUGGGGGAUGACCGGCUGGAUGUAGGAAUUUGGAAUGACACCAUCGAGAACACUAAAUCAUUGGUGGAUGACAAUAAGGUUGCAUCUUUCACUGGGGCUUGGCUUGUUGUUGAGUGCUACAUGUAUCGCAAAAUUUAUGAGGCAUUUUCUCUCAGGUCAGUGAUAGUGAUGUGCUGAUUACAGAUUAUAACAAGUCAUUGAUCAAAGUCUUAAAGCAAUGUGAUUAUGGAUUGUGGAAAAUGUUCAAUUCAUUAUCGAGGCAAAAAGUUUCUUGUUAUCAAAUAAACAUGUCGUCUUUUUAAUGGUCUCAUACAAACAAAAGCAAGAGAAUUUUAUUACCAAACUCACAACCCUCCAAGGUCUAAAUCAGACACUCUAACCAUUCAAUGGUGUUAAAUUUUGUAUGUUGUUUUUGUGUUCUAAAACAUAGUACAGCAAAGAGAUUUUCCUGGCAACAGAAUUCGAUGGUCUAUCAGGUGGAUCAAUCUGGUUAUUUCCGAUGAUCUGUAGAUCACCCUUCCAUGUCUUUUUCAACUUUUGAUAAAGAGCAGUUUUCAAGCGAAUAUCUAUUAAAACUUCUGUAAAGAGGGCCUUAAAGGGGCUGUGUCACGGCAGUCCAGUUCAUUUUGUUUAAUUUUGCCAAUUACUCACGCUCAAUCGCUAUGGAACAUAAAGUAAGCAAAGAAAUUACAGGUAAAUGACAGAAUCAGAGAUCCGAGACAAACAAAUACGUCUCCUAAGCAUUAUUUUUGAAGUUGCAAGCAGCAGGGAUCAACUUUGAAAAACUGUUAGGCUGAACAGUUUUCAGAAACCCUUAUUUCAAUCUGUUUCAGUCUUCUCCAGUUUUGCCUAUCCGUGGCAUCUGUUGUUUCUGUUAUGUCAUUUUAACCUUCCUUUCAAGUUUUAAGCGGUUAUUUUUAUGGUUCUCCUAAUUUAACGGGCAUUUUGUAAUUUCCUAAUUUGGUUGAAUUUCGUGACACAGCUCGUUUAAAACUAGGAAAUUUACCAAGUUUGAAGGUGAUAUGUCCAAAGAGAGUAAAGAUAUUGCUCCACAAAGUUGCAAAAUUUUACAGAGGUUUGAAUGGUGAGGGGCACGGGACUAGCCUCCCACCAUACAAACGUGUGUAAAAUUCUGUGACUUUGCAGAGCUUUAUCUUCAUUAGUUUUCAACAAAUCACUUUCAAAAUUUACUGGGUUUAUGGCGUUCUUUACAGCCAUGUUAAUGGAUUUUCACCAACUGGUCUGAGUCAAAAGUUGAAAAAACCAUGGAUGGGUCUUUUAUGGAAUCUCAGGCCCAGUUCAGACACAGUGCCACUCAUGUGCCCAACCUAACUGAUGAAUUAAGUACGGCAAAAGAGCGGCGUCUGAAUCAAUUUGGUACGGCAUUUUUAGUUAGGUGUGGCAAAAGUUCGACAGAGUCUGUCGAACUAUUGUCAAACUUAACUUAGGCUUGACACAUGGUGCACUGUCUGAAUCAGAUAUCAUGCCAGUGUCACUCCAAAGUCAAACUUAUUCAGCUAGGUUCGGCACAUGAAAAGUACAGCGUCUGAACCAGGCCUGAUCCGAUUCUUAAUGCUAGUAAGUGGGGAUGCUUUUUUGACUGGUGCUUCAACAGAACCAAUAUGAAAGAUUGUGCUUGUAAUGAAAUAUUAAAAAAGGCAAGAGCUGCACUAUGAAGCCUUCUUAGGGGGGUAGGUAUUUUCCCAGUCUGAAUUUCAUUAUGAGGAGUAGGCCAUGUCCUUAUUGGUAUUUAACCGAUCUUUAUGUCAUUUGUUGCCAUUUCAUCAGUCUUAUGUUGCUUUUUCAAUGCCAUGCCACUGGUCAGAAUUUUACCCCAACAGGGCCUCUAUUAUAUGGAAAUCCAGGACUUCCCCCAGAUCUCAGUUUUUAUAUUCCUAAUAUUUUGGGUUUUUUUUUGUGUAGCAAGCACCACAAGAGUUUUGAUCCUUUCCAAGAGCAGAAAGAAACUUCCUUCAAAGAACUUCAAUCCUCAGCUGAGUCUCUGGCUCAGUUUCUCUGUGAAGCCAUGGAGAUGACUUCUGUAAACAGUGGAGAUGGUGGAGGUGCCAUAAAAAGUGUUUUUGACACUUUGCUCCAGGUACGUAAAUUUGUAAGAAAAAAAAGUAGGGAAUUUAAUUUGCAGCCUUUCAGAUAUCUGAUUUCAUUGCAUGAUUUUGCCAUGAUUUAUAAUAAUCAGAAACUCAUAAAGGGUUGAAUUGUGUAACUCCCAUAUGUUUGCUUUGUUUGAUGCUCGUGAACAUUCAUUUUCACAAGUACUAUAUUUGGAACAAGAAGAAAAGAUAAAAAGAGAGAAGGGAUGAUUUAUGAAACUCAGCUCAGUUUUACAUGACAUAAAGGUUAAAAUGUUUACAUAGGCAGUUAAACACAGUACCACUAUUAAAAAGGAAUAAAAGAAAAAUUAUAACAACAAAAUAGAGAGCGAGUUGGGAUCAUCCAAAUAGCAAUGGCUAAUCUAGUGGAUGAUCCCUGCAAUAACUGACCAAUAGAACUUCGUAAAUGACUCGAAGUAAUUUUACUCCAGGUUCCUUUGCCUGCUCAGAAAAAAGGGAGAUUAAGCAAAAACUAUGGCUUUGAAAUUUCACUUAGAAAGUGAAUUUACGCUGCUUCCAACUUCAUCGUGCUUAUUUUUUUUCAUUCAGUUCGUGAAAUAUUACCAAUUUAAUGUUUUUGGAGUUGAAUUCUAAAGACUGUAUCAAAGUUCAGGAAAAGAAAAAGAAAGUUGUUAUCUUGUGUUUUUGACCUCAUGAAAUAGGGCACUUUCACAUUGUAGUCAUGCAGUGACAGCAAAUAAAUGUACAAAAAAGUGUGAUGCACAUGAAAAUUUGUUGUUAAACCUGUUGCUUUCCAAAUAUGGUACUUAGACAAACGAAUAUUCACAAGAAUUGAACGUGAGCUACAUGUUUCUACCCCUAAUGAGUUUUUGUUGAUGUCAAAAAUAAAAAUAAUAAUCAUACACAGUCAAAUAAUCUGUAACAAAUUUCCUCUCGUAUUAAAAAUGCUAAACAAAUAAACAUUUUUCUCUGGGAACGUCAUGACAAAAAAUAAAGCUCUUGAAAUUUCUAAUGUUGGUGUGAAAUAAUGGACAAUUAUUAUUAUUAAGCAUAUUAUACUCUCAACUGUAAAAAUGAUGUGAUUUGCAGCCUUGAGGUCCUUUUCUGUUGCAUAAUGUGGCCUCCUGGAUGCUUACCAUAGUAUAGGCUAAGGGUUUCAGGGUCCCAGUUCUGUACCCCACCCAGAAUUUCCUUGAUUACUGUCUCCCCACUUGAACACAAUACCCCACCUAGCCUAACUAUAACUAACUGAAAAUUGUGUUAUUAGAUUCCCAGUCUUUUGAGAUUUUUACGUUAUUUUCCUUUUUUGAUUAUUCUCUUUCAGUUUUGUUUGUGGGGAAACCGCUGUGAUCUUUCCAUCUCAAGUGGAGAAAUACUUGGACAACAAGGGCCUGCAAAGGCUGCCCAUCUUGAACACUUGAAAGGAAACAUUAUUGUUGACAAUUUGGAGGAUGUCUGGAAUGCAAUUCACAGCAACAAAAAUGCCAGAAUUGAUUUUGUCCUGGACAACUCUGGGUUUGAACUUUUCACUGAUCUCUGUUUUGCUGAGUUUUUAUUACAUGCAAAACUAGCAGAGAAGAUUCAUCUCCACCUAAAACAAAUCCCAUGGUUUGUUUCUGAUGCUAGCAAGAAAGAUCUUCUUUGGAUGUUUGAGGAAAUGAAGUUAUCUUCAAACAAGUUCUUACAGCAGCUUAGUGAAGGAUGGCUUAAUCGCAUUCAAGAUGGCUCAAUUGUCUUAGAAGAUCAUCAGUUUUGGACGCUGGCACAAGAUUUCAGCGUAAUGAAAAGUGUGGCCCCUGACUUGUAUGACCAUCUGUCAAAGGCCAAACUGGUAUUUUUCAAAGGUGAUUUGAAUUAUCGAAAAUUGGUUGGUGAUCGUAAGUGGCCUCACACAACUCCAUUUGUAGAAGCACUGUGGGGAUUUUUGCCAGCUCCAUUGUGUUCGUUGAGAACUCUCAAGGCAAAUGUACAAGUUGGGUUAUUCUCAGGACAAGAUGGAAAGCUUGAUGCUAUUAGUAAGGAAUGGAUGACAUCAGGUAGUUUUGCUGUGAUCCAGUAUGCUCAACCUUAA